AUGGAACCCUAUCGGCCCGCCGCCGCCGCGCGUACCGGCUGGCCUUCUCGUGCCCCGCGUAAUUGCACACACGUUCGGUUCGCCAUUGAUUGCGCCGCUCGGGCGGCGUCGGCGGCAACGAGGCUGGGGGGGUGGAGGAGGGGGGCCAGGGGGGGAGUUUGCGCCGGAGGCUCCGACGCGCGCGCACCCACCCCUCCAGUCCUCAGUUCGCUGCAAACCGCCGCGGACCGUACACGCGGCGAUAGUGCCGCGCUAACGCACACAUACAACCAGACGCACCCCGGUGCCCGUGGCCGUGACAUUCUGUGCGAGACCAGUGCUAUUCCGGAGCGGACACAAUGGUGGCAGGCGGGAAACAGGUACACGCCACCUUUACGUUACGUAACAACGACGUUGGCGGCACUAGCUCCCUUGUUACCAAGUCUGGCUACGUGCGAUACACGAUCUCCUGUCCCUCUCAAAGUGUGGUGUAUAACUCAUUACAGGCUCUUUACGCACGUUAAUUAUGCGAGUGAUGUCAUCGCGGCGCUAAAGCGCUGCGGGGCUGCCGUGCGAAUCGCCGACUUGUCUUUUGCAAGCCUUCUC